CUCAGAUUUUUUCAUUCUCAGCCUUAAUCCUUCUCCAUGCCCACAUCAGAAAUAGACGACAUUUUUGCUUCCAAAGGAAAGGCGAAAGCCAUAGAGCUUGCUCCUCUUCCAUCCGUCAAGAAGGAGAAAAAGAAAAAAAGAAAAGACAGACCCACCACUAGCGAUGAAACGAAGGAGAUCAGUCGAUCUUCAGAACCAAAAACACUGAAAAAACGGCCGCUUCCCGAGACCGUUGUAGAUCCAUCAUUCAAAUCUUCCAGCAGUAGUAAACGUCCAAAGUUGGAUGCUCCAGUUUCUUCACAGCGUGAAAAGGUUUAUCACGAGACGCGCAAAGAUGACGAAGACCGUUUCAAGGAUUCGAGGGGUUCUGGACCUAGACGAAAAACUGACGAUGGUUUAAACAUAUACAAGGAAGAUGAACUAGGUAUAUCCAAUGCCGGUGGAGACACGCCGUUGUGUCCUUUUGAUUGCGAAUGUUGUUUUUGAACGGUAGUUGCUCUAUCUGUAGCUUUACAUGCAAGAAGAUACCCGUGUAUUCACCAAGAUAUCCAGCGCAAACCUGUGAUAUGGUCGGCCUGCACCCAGCUUUUGUUGAGUCCAAGCCAUUUUCGCUUCCGUUUGCGAUAACCUCCAUCGCCGGUUUGCGCUCCCUGUAUGAUUGAUAACCGCGGAUGUGAUGGAAACAUUUAUUCACGAUUUUUGUUCAGUCAGUUUCCUUCUU